UGGCGCUUCCUGUUCAAACCUCAAACACUCGUAGAUUUCUUGAAACUUCGACGUUUAGUUUACGUUUUGUAAUUUCACACAUGUCCAGUUUUCUCAGGAGGCCUGUUUUAGAAAGAUAACGUGCUGACACGUGAUCGAAGCGCUCUUCAGCAGCAACGAAAGAGACCGAGCAUGACAGCCGCUCAUUGACUUCACGGUGAAAUUACAGAAAAGAAUAUCAGCUAUAAGAAGAGAUCAACAUGUCCUCUGAGGAGGAGAUGUCUCAGACUUCUUCUGCCUCUUCCUCCUCCUCAAACUUGUCUACCUCCCACUUCAUUGGAAGGAAGGAGGACAUUGUCAAAGCUGGCCGUGUGACAAAGCUGGUGAACGGAUGCAGAGAUGUGCUGGUCGUGCAUCACCAGGGGCAGCUUUAUGCAAUGGACGUGCACUGCUACCAUUCAGGUGGUGCUUUACAGUAUGGAGACAUUGAGGAGUUCAAUGGACGGCUGUGCAUCGUGUGUCCUUGGCACAAGUACAAGAUCACCCUCGCAGAGGGGGAAUCGCUUUACCAAGCUGUGGACGACCCUACAGCCAAACCGCUGAGGACUUACUGGCGCUCCAAGGGUGUCAAACAGCGGGUUCAUAAGGUCACUGAGGUCAACGGGGAUGUGUACGUGACGCUCAAUGACUCCGGCGAAGCCAUCGAGUCAGACGUCUACCAGACUGAGAAAUACAGGCGCGCUUCACUCAAAGCCAAGCCGAAAGCCAAACCCAAGACAUAACCUUUAAUGCUUCAUGGACAAUUUAAGGAGCUUUGCUCGUCUUCCAUCUGACUCUCUGAUCUUGUAAUAAUAUAGAAAACAUGGUGUUCUGCAGACGUGCAUACAAUCAGUAAAUGUCUGGCAUGGUGACUCCUCAGGAACAUCUCUAUUUUGAAGCUGAUACAAACAGCUGACCAAUACACAGUUUGUUUUUAGUUAUAUUUUCUAAAUUACUGUUAUUUUUAAACAAAAAUAAUCAUUGUGUUUCAUUAUAACUUUAUAUGUGAAUUUUUAUAAUUGUUGUUAUUAUUAUCAUUGUGUUUUUAUUGUAUUUAUUUUUUUUCUUGUUAUUAAACUACCUUAAUGGGGAUCAAUUUUUCCAGAAAAAAUGGGACAGUGUGCAAAAAAAGCAGAAUGUAAUGAUUUUGAAAAUCAUUGAAACAUUAACUAUUUAACUCAAAGUAUGAUGAAAAAUAAAACAUGCAUCGUCUAAUCUUAUCUGUUAUGCAAUAAAUAACACAAUUUUAAAAUGA